CACUGCCGUGGCUUGUGAAUUGGAUCAUCUUUGUCUUUCGUUCCUUCACCUGGUCGACUCCCUGAUCUCCAACCAAAAAAAUCGACAAUUACAUACCGUCGUAAAGAUGAGGGUUUCUAUUCUCGCAGCAGCACUCACUGCGACUUCUGCAGCCGCUUUGACGCUUCCGAAACGCGAUGGAGAAUCCGAAUUGUUGACCAUCAGGCUGUCGCCCACGGAGACCAAGCAGGUUACCGAGGAGGAGAAGUUCGAGCUGUUGGCUAAAGGCACACACCUCAUAGACAUAACCUCCACCCCGGACCUGAACCAAGAUCGCGUCUUCCCCUCCACCCUCGCUGUAAACUUCCCCACAUCCCCGUCCCACCAAGACAUCGCAUCCCCACUCCUCCCGCUCCUAAACGCAACCAACAUGCGCAACAAUCUGGUCCCCUUCACAGAAUUCCAAAACCGCUUCUACAAAUCGCCCUACGGUGCCGAGUCUUCGGCCUGGCUCCUCUCCACCAUCAACGCCGUCAUCGCCUCCGCAGGCGGCAACACCACAAAAGCCAGCGCCCGCGCCUUCCCUCACACGGCGUUUACGCAAUCCAGCAUCAUCGCUACGAUUCCGGGCCAAACGAACCGCACUAUCGUGCUCGGCGCGCACCAGGAUUCCGUGAAUUGGGAGGAUAAAGACCAAGUCAACAACCGCUCGCCUGGCGCCGACGAUAACGGGUCCGGAAGUGUUACGAUACUGGAAGCGAUGCGCGUGCUUCUUACCAACGAGGAGAUCAGAGAGGGCCGCGCACCCAACACGAUCGAAUUCCAUUGGUAUGCGGCUGAGGAAGGAGGCCUGCUAGGAAGCAAAGACGUGUGGAACUCGUACAAAGCGAACGGUGUAGACGCAAAGGGCCUCUUGCAGCAAGACAUGACGGGCUACUCGCAAGGCAACGCCGAUGCGGGUCUCCCCGAUACCAUGGGGUUGAUUGUGGAUUACGUCGACGAGCCCUUGACGAAUUUCAUCAAGACGGUCAUCGAUGAGUACUGCGAUAUUGGCUUCGUUGAGACCGAGUGCGGCUACGCGUGCAGCGACCACGCGAGUGCGAGUGCGGCGGGGUAUCCGUCUGCAUUUGUGUUUGAGAGCGAUUUCAAUGUUUCAAAUCCCGUUAUUCAUACAAAGGAUGAUGAUUUGGGCCUUUUGGAUUUCGAUCAUAUGAUUGAGCAUGCAAAGUUGACCACGGGUUUUGCGGUUGAGAUGGCAUUUACCGAGUCGUUUUAG